AUGGUGCAGACCCACAAGACUAAGGACCGCGUUCCUGCAAAUGGCAGCUUCAAACAACCAGUGCAGGAGGACAUGCCAGAAGAGGGGAAGAAGCUGAUGACGCUGAAGUUGGGUCUCGGCAACGUCUCCUCUGAGCAUGUGACGGAGCCCUUCGUCGAAGCACUCAAAACCUGGCCUGGCGUCUACAAGCUUCUCAAGAAGCGCAACAGGAAGCACGAUAUGCAGAAGUGGCUGAGGACGAGGCUUGCCGACUUCCUCAUCUUCGGCAUCCUCAUCAUCUUCAGCAUGUCGUGCUUCUUCCUGCGCUCCGAGAUCGAAAGCUACCUGCUGAGGUUUGGUGUGGAGAACGCUCUGGUCAUCGGAAUCCCGAACGAGACUUCGACAGGUGUCUUUGUGGAGGUGCAAGACAUUUCCACUGUAGCUGCGGCGGAGCGCUACCUCCAGGGGUGCUUCAACUACCAGGUGUUCAAUCCGCAGUCCACGCUGCGAAAGUUCUACACACCAGCGGCGUACUAA